AAUCUCACCUGUACAAAUCCCUAGUCUUUUCUAUCUCACCACCAAAACCCUAGCUCGAAUUUGUCUAAAAGAUGGUGGAUCAGAUCGAGUUCAGUCGAACCUCUCUUCUCAUUCCCUAUCAGCUUCAGGCGAAGAGGAAGGGCUCCGGAGUGAGGACCUGGUUCGUCGUCUCAAAAUUGGGGAACUCUCAAAUCGAAGAGCUUGGGAAGCAAGAGAUCAUGCGGAGGAGUGGAGUUCAGGCUCAGGAUUUGAGGGUUGUUGAACCAGAGCUCUCGAACCCCUCUGCCAUUCUCCGAAGAGAGAGGGCUAUCGUUGUGAAUUUGGAACAUAUUAAAGCGAUUAUAACUGCGAAUGAAGUUCUGGUACCAAACCCUAAAGACCCUUUUAUGGUUUCAUUUGUUCGCGAUCUCGAAUUCAAGCUCUCUGAUUUUGGUGCCACUAUGGGAAGCGAUAAAGCUCUGAAACAAUCACCCUCUAAUACGCCACCGGAGGCAAGUGAUAGUAGUCCUAAAUCACCAGAUGAAGGGUCAAAUAGGGGGAACUCAAAGCCAUUGCCAUUUGAGUUCAGAACUUUUGAGAUUUGCCUAGAAUCUGUCUGCAGGAGCCUUGAAUCUGAGCAACAGGAGGAAUUUCAGCCCUCAAGGUGUUCUUGAGAUCAGAAAGAAGCAAUUU